UCCUUCCUCUGCACGCUCUGCCUUCAGCUGUCAAUGGGAACACCUUAACUCAUAAAAAAAACAGUCACUGAGUUUCACUGAAGGAGAAAGGACGACAGUGAACAGCCGCUGUUUCUGUCCGAGUUUGCUUGAAAUGGCGGCAAAGAGCGAAGCUGUUAUUAGUGUUGUCCCGAAUGAUGAGGGGAAGGAGAAAUUCAAAAAGAGUGAGAAUGUUGCUUUUUACAGGCGACAGAUCCAGGGUCCGAACCCGAAAUACCGACUUCUUUUGGAUUCCCUUGUCCUCACGGAGAAGGGCGCACGUUUUGAGCUUUUGGAAGACCGCACAAAGACCAGACUCCUUCUUUCUUUGACACCUUGCAAAAACGACACCGUAAGGAUUGUAAUCGAUGAGAUCUGGCCCAUUAAACCCCGUUACAGAGUUCCAGAUGUGUUGACUGGGGAACCUCCUGGUGAACAGUUGAGAGUGGAGAGCAAGACGAAGGACUCCGCCACCCUCUCCUGGUCUUCGGGACGAUACCGGGUCCGAAUGUGGCACUUUCCUUUCCGGCUGGAGGUUUUGUGUGAUCAGGAAGUGAUCGUCACCUUCAACUCCAAGGACAAACUGUGGUUUGAAAGCUUGCAGAAUAAACCCAGUAAGCUGGAAGAGGACGAGAAUUCACUGUGGAAGGAGACUUUCAGGAACUCUGAGGACAUCAAAGCAAACGGUCCCAGCAGCCUCGGCGCAGACUUCUGCCUCCACGGGUUCCAGCACGUCUACGGUCUGCCGCAGCACGCCGACAGGCUGCAGCUCAGAGACACCAGCGAUGGCGAACCUUAUCGGUUGUACAACCUGGACGUGUUCGCCGCCGACUUGUACUGCCGGCUCGGUUUGUACGGAUCCGUGCCGCUGAUGGUGGCUCACAAACCAGACAGGACCGUUGGCGUGUUCUGGCUGAAUGCGUCGGACACCUUCAUAAACAUCCAGUACUCCCCUUCCGACCCUCGGGAUGGUAAAACACCUCCGGUGAAGAGGCGGCGGCCGGCGCCCCAGACCGACGUCCACUGGCUCUCGGAGAGCGGGGUGAUUGACUGCAUGGUUCUGCUCGGGCCCGCGCCCCGGCAGCUCUUCAAGCAGUACGCUCAGCUCACAGGAUACCAAGCCAUGCCGCCGCUCUUUUCCCUCGGUUACCACCAGUGCCGCUGGAACUACAACGACGAGGCCGACGUGAAGGCCGUGGACGCCGGCUUCGAUCGCCACAAGAUCCCGUACGACGUCAUCUGGCUGGACAUCGAGCACACGGACGGGAAGCGCUACUUCACCUGGGACCCUGCUCUGUUUCCCAAACCGGCGGCUCUGCAGCAACAUCUGGAGAAGAAGAAGCGGAAGAUGGUGGUGAUAAGUGAUCCGCAUAUUAAGGUCGACCCUGAUUGGCCGCUCUACCGUGAGGCCAGAGAUGAAGGGCAUUUUGUUAAGGACAGAGAGGGGCAGAUCUUUCGGGGCACAUGCUGGCCAGGCGAGUCGUCGUAUCUUGACUUCAGUUGUCCUGAAACCCGAGCGUGGUACUCCAGGUGCUACAGCUUUGAUAAAUACAAGGGAUCGACGGCGUCGCUGUUUGUGUGGAACGACAUGAACGAGCCGUCCGUCUUCAACGGGCCAGAACAGACGAUGCCCAAGGACGCGGUGCACCGCGGAGGCUGGGAGCAUCGGGAGCUGCACAACCUGUACGGUUUCUACCAGCACAUGGCCACGGCGGACGGUCUGAUGUCCCGCUCCGGAGGCUCGGAGAGGCCGUUUGUUCUCACACGCUCCUUCUUUGCUGGGUCACAGAGGCUGGGCGCGAUAUGGACGGGCGACAACGUUGCCACCUGGGAGUAUCUGAAGAUUUCACUGCCAAUGGUUUUGACCCUGAACCUGACAGGCAUUGCAUUUUGUGGAGCUGAUGUCGGUGGGUUUGUUAAAGAUCCAGAUCCAGAGUUGUUGGUGCGCUGGUACCAGGCGGGAGCUCUGCUGCCAUUCUUCCGCGGCCACUCCGCAAACGACACAAAGCGGCGGGAGCCUUGGCUUUUUGGGGAAGAGGUCACCACGGCGAUACGCACCGCCAUCCAACAACGGUACUGCUUGUUGCCAUUCUGGUAUACUCUCUUCCACUUCGCUCACACCUCUGGUCUGCCUCCAGUCAGACCUCUUUGGGUGGAUUUCCCAAAAGAGGAGAACACGUUCACCGAGGACAACCAGUACAUGAUUGGGGGAGCCCUGCUCGCCUGUCCUGUGACGGAACAAGGCGCUCAAACAGUCAAAGUCUUACUUCCUGGCUCCGACGAGAUUUGGUACGACAUCAGCUCUGCAAAGGCAUACAAAGGAGGAAAGAGUUUGAGUCUUCCUGUCAACCUGGACACAGUUCCAGUGUUUCAGCGGGGCGGCUCGGUGGUCUGCAGGUCAACGGGAAGCGGCACGUGUACGGCCGACUACCAGAAGCUGCCUCUAGAUGUCACUGUGGCCCUAAACUCCCAGGCCAGCGCAGACGGAGAAUUGUACCUCGACGACGGCCACUCCUUCCAGUACCGUGACAAUAAGGCCUUCUGCCUGCGGCGGUUCAGCAUGGCGUCGGGCCGUCUGCUCUGUCGUUCGGCCAGUAAAGAGGGGAGGUUUGGCUGCGACGCCAUUGUUCAGGCUGUUUCCAUCAUGGGAGUGAAGAGCAAGCCAACCACAGUGAAUGUCCACGUCCCAGGUGCUAAAGUCGUCUCUGCUUCCUUUGAGUUCCUGGAAGCCUGCUGCAAGCUCAAACUGAACAACCUGAACGUCAGAGCGACGAUGGACUGGGACAUCCAGAUCGACUGAUCCUGGAGAAAUCCCUGACUGCUUUUCCUUUGGCACUGAUUGGGUAUUCCCGUAAUGGGAAUAGUCAGGAAUACGAGGGUUGCUAAUUUGGUAGGUUGAAUGGGGCAAUAUUUGACUCAAUGAAUGUGACUGCUUGGACUGAUGAACAGUUUUGUUGCUAAUGGAGCUGCAGACAAAUAUCAACAUUACUGUAAUCAUUUGAAGUUUCAAAGUCUGAAACUUUGAACUUUCAGAUCAAAGUUUUUUUCCUUAAACUGCUGAUUAUAUUUAAUCAAAUAUUAUUUUCGAAGUUCAGAAGCUAAAUCUACUCUCUCCUGCAAAAAUCCUCAUCCUAACUAGAAUGUUAUCUUGUUUAAAAUGUCAAACUUGACUAACAUGUAAAGGGAGUUUUGUGGUGAAAUAUGAACACAAAGUAGCACAUAAUGUGAAAAUGAAGGUAAAUGAUAAGUCGUUUUGAAUCAUGGUUCAGUCAAAGUCCUGAUAGAGCUUAUUGAGAAUCAGUUGCAAAGUGAUGAAAAAGAGCAAAGAAGAAAAUAGGCAGCUAAUAUUGAACAUCACAAUAUUUACUAACAAGAUUUUCUGAUAUUUUUAGAAUGACUCUAAUAAAAAGAUAAAGAAAAACAUACUUGUAGGAGUCACAAAAAGAGGUAAGAUCAGUCCAGAUUAAUUGUUAACAUAAUGGCAGGAAAGCAGCAUAAUUUAAGGCAUCAUCUGUUGAAAAUUGUUGGGGGGUUUUUGUAUUGCAAUGUCACUUUGUCCUUUCCAUUUUAAGAAUUAAAAGAAGAAGAAUUAAAACUUUAA